AUGUCAGUCCCUCCUGCCAAUUCUAGCCGUCCUUCUGCGCACCCCAAUCGCGCCCCUCCCGUUGCCUUUGCGAGUCAUCUGUCCGUUCCAGCUGCCGCCUCUCUGUCGAACCCUGGCAGGACGUUUGGCUCCAUCAACGACCCUGUCGAAGUCGAUGUCAAUAUGGAUCAUGCUUGGAUAACCGCACACGGUGGGUUCGUCCCAAGGUUCAGAGCAGAUGGGUCCACUGUGAUGUAUCCAUUCGAAUCGUUGCCCCCGGGAUUUCCCAACGUCCCUCCUGCGUAUUAUGCCACCUUUCCUCCCCCCGCAGGUACCCUCGUCCCUGGGGCGUUAACGCCGGUCCAGUUGCCUGAUCGCGCUGCCCGCGUCACCGCCGAUGGAAGCAGUGCUUCCACUGCUGCCACUGGCAGUAUCAAGGCUCGUCGCUCGUCAACAGAUGCCCCUGUUUCCAAGCCUGCCGCAGUUCAAAGAGUGGAUGUGGAUCCUGGAAAGAGUAAUCCUGAGACCAGUGGUGCGAGUCAAGUUAUGAAAAAGUCUAGAAAGGUGGUUAUCUCAGACGAUGUUAUUGAUAUCUCGUCGGAGGAGGACGAUGGGGCGAAAUACCUUCCAGGUGAUAGUUCCUAUCGAGGUCGUGCGUCCGCAUCUCGCAUCAAAUUGGGCGGGCCGGGUACGUCUCCGCCAGUGACACGCGCCGUGUCUCGUCGAAGGUCAACCACCCCGGGUUCAGGACUAGCUUCCCGAGAGCCACAACAUAAUGGAUCCAGCGGCGACCCUGUCCUUCCCGGCAAUGACAAACCCGAUGCAUCACCAGCAAAGCCUCGUCCUCGCCCCCGUCGACGCAAUCGUCCCCGUGCGCGGGGGCCUGCUGUUGUGGUUUCGUCUGGAGACGAGGUGACACCAACGGUGAAUGAGAUCGAGUCUCCACCUGUCGUUGCCCCCGGUCCCAACAACGUCGCCCAGGCUCAAGAUCACGGUUCACGGUCUGUCGACAAGUCUCCUCGCGCUGCACGGUCGGGAGGCGACGAACCAGUUACUCCAGACAAUGUCCAUCAGGAGGCUGGUCCGCUAGGGGAUCGCCAGAAAAAGAGAGUUAGAGAUUUAAGGGAUACAGGAAGCGGCUCGGACUCCGGUGAAAGGAGACGCUCGAAGAAGAAUGCCGCCGUCGUCUACACCGACGACCACGACAGUGAUGUUCCCGUCGGCACUUCGUCUCUGGCUCCUGGAUUGGGCGAGUUGGUGAAAACCGGCAUACGCAAACGCUUUUCCAAAGAAGAAAUGGCGCGUCGAGUUGAGGGUCUCCAACGAUCAAGUACUAGGUGGAGCAAACUGUUCCUUGAUAUGAAACCCGAAGACUUUAUGGACGUCGAGGCAAUCGAGGACAACGGACCUGAUCAACCUUCUGUCCCUGAAGACGAUAUGACCGCCUACAAGAACAUGGAUUUGGAUAAGUACGAGAGCUCCUUUAUUGAUGACGAGGAGGAGUCAGAGUCGGAGGAAUUGCCGGCGUUGGAAGAUAUUUUCAAGUCCGGGGAUGAGCGUGAAGACGGUGACGAUGACGCAAAUGACCUGCCCCUUGGGUACUACCUCUCCCAAUGCCUCCGUUCGUCUGCGCUUGUUGCUAACACCAUCAUCAGAUUCGACGACUUUGUACGAGCUCACGAAGAAAAGACGAAGGAGCAGAUCAGAGACGACCGGGCAAUGGCCAUGGCUAUCGAGCGCCACAACACCAUCGUGGAACAGUCUCUGCUUAAUCGGCGGGAAAUGCCUGUGGAUGAUGCUGCCGAUCCUUGUGCAAACACGGAUCUCGAACAGGCCGCGAUACCUGAGGAAGACGACCCAUUCGGUGUUAAACGUCUUCAGCGGGAAUGGCAUGCUGCGGUCGCCGCACAGCUAGAGGCCCAGCGGAGAGCUGCUGUGGCUGCGGGUGUCCGUGAGGAUGAACCAUCGAUUGACGAACGACCAGCGACUCCUCCACCGCCCCCUUCGUCCCAUCCAACCGUGCCUCGAACCCCGGCUGCUUCGUCUUCGACAGCUAACAAACCCACUGUUUACAACCCUACGCCAUCCACCCCUGGAUUGUCUACGCCUGGCGGAAGAAGGCGGUUCGGCGAACUUGUCGGCGUGCCUUCAACUCCUGGAUCCGGUGGUCAAGAAAGAUGGUCGCCUGCUACGCUUCCAAUCCCUCAUCCGGACGUCUGUGAGGUGACAUCGGAUUCACUCCACGAUCCUCUGUUGGCCGACGACUAUGCCAAGUUGAGUCCUCUCCGACGCGGAAUGUUUGUCCCGUACAACAACAAUCCUGGAACAGGAAUGGUUUGGUUCAGCGGCUGGGCGGAGCAGACUCCUGACCUGGAUGCCGAUGCCGCGUUAAACAGCCUUCGCUUCGUGAGGAAAGACAAUUAUAUCAACCCCUCUAGGGCCAGCAAUGACGACAUCAAGGUCAAAAGAAUUUCCCCGGGGUCGUCUUCAGGAAGCCCACGAUUUCACUUUUACGUUGACGAAGAUCCAGUCAUCUUCAAGAUGCUCCAGGCCAAAUUCCAUUCGCAGGAAUGGGAACGAUUUGUUGCGUUUACUUGUAUGCUUGUGGAUAAGCCGGCGUUGCACGCCAAUCUUUCUCGAGACGCCAUUAGCUUCGUCACACGUCCGGUUUCUGGUAACCGACGGGACGAGAAAGAUAAUGCUGCAGCGAGUACCCCUUCCCGAGGGAUGUUCACGCACAAUCCUAGCCCAUCUACACGGGCUGCUCCAUCGAAUCGAUUUAAUGUCGAUAACUAUGCCCUUGAUGCCGACGCUGAAGUUCCCAUAUUCGACGCUCGCGACAUCGACGGCUUCAAUCUUAAUAGUGUCCUGCCUGCAUUGUCACUGCCUGCCUGGGAAGGCGAGAUUCCCUUCGGGUCUUUCGUUGUCGUCGGGUACACGGUCGCCGUCUACCGUGCUCAAUCGGGCAAGUGGACUGCCAGCUGCAAUAUCCACUGGGUAAUAGUUUUGGCUGUACCUUGCGAGGCCGACAAUUAG